AUGUGCCACUUGGCUACACGGAAAUGCAGAAGCAGGAUUUGCGGAUAUGACAAAGUGUCCAAAACAUGUUUCUAUAGUUUUGACACCUAUUCAGACCUCAACCAUAAUACUGAGACAACAAAGGUCGUGAUCAUACCAGAUGGUGGGUACUGUUAUAGUACAUAUUACCUUUUGAACGGAGCACGGCAGAUAACCGCUUCGUCUGUAUAUAGUGAUGGAUGUGAUACAAGAGGUGCCAGACUCUAUAGCGUAGCGUCUGAUUGGCAUGAGGGGGCAUGGAGUGCGGGGUACGCUGACACAAAUCAGUACAUACAGGUGCAGUUCAAUUGUCUAAACCAGGUUUCAGGGGUGGCCUUACAAGGAAAAGUUCUCAAUGAUCAAUAUGUGACUUCGUACAGAGUACUCUACAGCUGUGACUGCGUUAACUUUCAUACGGUCACUGACACGUAUGGGUAUUAUAAGACAUUCGCUGGAAACACAGACCCGGAUACGGUUGUUACAUCGAUGUUGCCAAGUCCGGUGACCGCUCUCUGUGUCAGAAUCAACCCAGUCACGUACAAAGAUUGGAUGUCCAUGAGGUUCGAAAUUCUCGGAUGUCCAGUGAAUGAGCUGCACUGCAUUAAUAAAUAAUUUAUGUUGUAUGCUUGCAAACUAUUCGAUUGACUGCAUGAAAUAUUACCGUUACUCUCGAGCCUAUUUCAUAAAUAGAAACCAGUACUAGUCCAUGAGUAGUAGUGAAUCAAACACAUAACUCUUUAGAUGACCGAUACCAAUAUGCCAUAAGACUAUCUCACCCUCGUUAUAGCAUUUUGCCAUUUCGUAUUUCGCAAAAUACCUGGCUGCCGAUGCUUAUGACGUUCUAUUCUAUUUGUGAGACGGGGGUUAGGUGUAUUGUUGCAGGAGUAUGCCACGAAACUAAGAAGUUGUGGUUUCGCUCCCCAGCAGGGAGAGAGUAGUCAAGUGGUUUGAUUGGCCACCUCACACCCAAAUUGGUUUUGGGUUAUAUCCCUACGAUGGAUACAUUAUUAUGGCCUCUCAAAUAGGAAACUAGUACUUGUUUCUACCUAGAAAAUGGACACAGUGAUUUCUAUUCUUUAUAUGACUUCACCAUUGAGCUAGCUAAAAACAGUACAAUCUAUUAAAUGUACAGCUAGUUUCGAUUUUAAUCUAAAUGCUUGCUAGUAUUUUGCUGAGAUUUUGAACAAAUGUUAAUACAAUAAGUAAGAAAAGACAGGCCUUUGUUAGCAACUUUACAUCUUUUCCUGACCUAACUUACACAGCAAACUUCCCCAUUAUCUUACUUUGUAUACAUACCCACCGUGGUGAUUAGAAGAUCCUUUUACUAUCGUUAUAAACUGUCUUUUCGUGUUAGGGUAGUGAGCUCAAUAAUAUAUCUUUCAUAAUCUGACCUCUGUCGAACUCACUCAAAGUAGUAACAGUUAUAAAUCAUUGUACACGUUCACAAGUGUCAAGUAUGAUUGCGGCGUGCGAUUGCUUUUCGGUGAUAGCUCGUCGUUCUUAUUGUUAUAAAUUUUGUUGUCGUUGGUGUAUUUUUUUUUUAUCUCGUUGGUGUUGUUAAUGAUGUAUAAUUGUGUUUUUUUGCUUGUGAGUCUAAACAGUUAUCGUCAUAGAAUUGAUGAGAAGGUCGGGAAUAAGGAAAUAUAAAACAUAUAUAAACAUUUAUGACAAAAGCUCAAGAAACGAAUGGAGCUGAAAGCAGCACAGCA